AUGUUUGUCAUAUCAUGUGCAUUUAUUGGUCUAUUGUUAUUUAUAGUGGGUUCAUCAGGCAAUGGUUUAUGUAUAUUGGUAUUUCUUCGCAAAAAAUUUCGUCAUCGUGUUAUAACUCCAUAUUUUAUUGUUUUAUUAUUUGCUGAUUCUAUUUAUUUAUUAUUUCAUUUAAUAAAAUUAUUUUAUUAUUCACAAACACUUUUCAAUCUAAAUAUACAACCAGAAGAAUCAUGUUCAACUACAUUUUUUGCACGAGCAUAUCAAUAUGCAACACAAACAUGGCCACAACCAUUAGUUCCAUUAGUACAUGCAGAAACAUAUAUACGAUUUUCUUUAAUAUUAAUGUGUAUAAUAUCUUUACAUAGAACAACAUAUAUUACUCGUUCAUUAAAACGCCUUGUUAUACCAACAUCAUAUAGUUAUGUACAAAAACAUAAAUGGACAUUUAUAUUUAUAAUUUUAGCAUUUUUUUUUGCAUAUAUAUUUGAAUUUGUUGGAUUAACAUUAUUUUGUUCAAAAUCAAAUACUCGUGAUUUAUCAUAUGAAUGGUUUAUUUAUAUGAGUACAUAUAUGAAAAAUUCAACAUAUCUUUUAACAAGUACAAUGGUUGAUCAACCAGAUUCGUUAAAAUGUGUUAAUUAUGCUUUAAAAAAUUUACAAGAAACAAAUCAAAGUUCAAUUAUAUAUAACAAUGAUAUAUGUACAGAAGAACAAUUAAUAAAUAUAUUAUCUUAUUAUUUUGAUCAACAUAAAAAAUCAAUUGUUAAUCUAAUACAAAAAAUUUUAUUAAAUCAAACAGGUCAGCGUAUAACACGAAAUGAAAUUCGUCGAAAAUUUCAUUUUCAUGAAUGUUUAUUUCCUCAAGAACCAAAUUUUUUUCAUCGUUAUUAUAAUUUUAUGUAUCGUCGAUCAUUUGGUUUUAAUCGACAUACCUUACUUUUAGUAAUCGGUAGUGUUCUACCAUCAUUUAUAACAAUAAUAAGUAAUAUUCUAUCCGUAUAUCGAGUACGUGAAUUAAGACGUUCAACAUCAAAUUAUAUAUUACCAUGUCGUCGUCGAACAGAUGAUACACGUCGUGUAUUACUUGUUAUUACAAUUGAAUGUUUAUUUGCUAUAAUUAAUUCAUGGUUUAGUGAUAUAUUACUUUCACUUGUUUAUUGUAAAAGAAAUUUAUUAGCUGAUGAUGAUUGUCCAAAUUUUUUAAAACAAAAUAUUAAUUUAUUAAUUAUGUUUGAUAUGUUUAAUUCACUUUCAAAUAUUAUUUUACAUUGUUUAUGUGGAAAACAUUUUCGUAAUGAAUUAUAUCUUAUGUUUCAAUCAUGUGGUCGAAUAAUAAAACGUUUAUUUAGGGCUAUAUGUUGCUGUUAUAUUCGAAUACGUUGUCAAUCAUAUAGUCAAGAGCAAUAUGUUUGGUAUAAUGCUUCUAUUACAGGCAAUAAUAGUUCAAAUAGUUCACAGAAAAGUAUAAGUCCAAGUCAUUUAUAUUUAAAAAUUCAUACAUCACCACAAUUAUCAAAACGUCAUUGUUUUGAUUGUCAAUGGUAUUUUAAUCGACGACCAUUAAUGGCUUCACGAGAAUUUUUUUCAGCAAUAUCAAAAGAAUGUUUAGGAAAAAAUCGAAAACAUUUUUCAACUUAUUAUCAACCAUUAUCAGCACGUACGGAUAUAAAAACAAUGACAACAAGUAAUUCAAUGAAACUUUAUUUUCCUCAACAAGAAACAACAACAGUACCAUCGAAAAAUAAAAGAUGGUUUUCAUUUUUUUAA